UUUCCUCUAAUUUAUUUGCUUCUAGUAUAAAAAGUAAAAAACGUCAAAACACAGAGUGUCAUCUUAGCUUUGGUGGUGGACGGUGGUGUCUCACCUCCGCAGACUCUGAACUUGAUUUCGAUUUCGCUUCAUAACCAAUCAAUCAAUCACUAUUAGGGAAACAAGGUCUUCAGUUCUGAAAAUGCCUUCCCUUCAAACUGCACUGCCUCCUGAGCUCGCCAACAAUGCCAUUAGGCUUUACCGGGAAUGUCUGCGAAGAGCUAAAUAUAUCGGUCAACGGAAUUAUAACACGGAGCUUCUUGUUGACAUGGUGAGACAACAGUUUAAGAAAAACAUACAUGAGACAGAUCCUGAAAAGAUUCAAAAGUUCAAGGACGAUGCUGCAAGGGGACUUAUCAAUCACAUACUGUAUGAGUCAGAGACGAUGUCCGGCCGUAAAUUUAGCAAGAGUCCUCCUAAAAGAGCCUAGCUUGCUUUAUCCCAAAUGAUUCAGCUUGUCCAUCAGUGCUGGUUUUGGCAUAUCAACCAUAUAGAAAAGACAUUCCAAGGUUUUUAUGAUGGUUAUGUUAACUGUUGAAAUAAAAAAAUGGUAGGAAAUAGCAGGAUGACUUUUUCUCUGUCCUCUUCCAUAUCAAGAAUGCUCAAGUCUCUCAAAACUACUUCCCAGUUUCUACUAUUAACUCAUGGUUUGGCAGAUAAUCAUUUCCAGAACUCUGCCAGAUUUUGUGUUUCAUACAUUAUGCGAUGAACGACGCCAAAGUCCAAGUAUAAGCCAAGAAGUUGUAGCAUAAUUAUGUUCUUAAUUUCCACAUGCAUUAUUAUAUCACUUAAAUUCAUGACUUCUAAGGGAUUGUCAUUUGUUA